AUGAGGUUGGCAACAGUGCGCGAACCUGGAAGCUUAUUUACAAAGCGCAAACAAAUCCGUGAAGCUUUGGACUUUCGCAGGAUGACUCAACUCCUAUUUACUCUUCUCAACACUUUUGUUUGUUCGGCCAUCGCUCAGAACUAUGCAGGCUACCAGUAUAAUCCCGCUCUAACAUCAGGAGCACAGUAUCCACAAUAUCAGUCCUCUCAGGGGCAGUACCAAUACCAAAAUCCACAGCCAUAUCAGGGACAACAAUAUCAGUACGAUCAGCCAAUGCAGCAAGGAUCAAUUCCAGCUCAGAUUCAGCAAUUCCCACAGAAUCAGCAGUACCAACAGCCUCAGCAGUACCAGCAAAAUCAGCAACCUCAGCAGUAUCAACAAAACCAACAGUACCCUCAGAAUGAGCAAAAUCAAAAUCAACAAUACCAGCAGGAUCAAGGCCAAUACAACCAACCAAGCACUACCCCGAAUCCAUACCGUACUUGUAACUGCACCACCCAAUAUGGGGUAAACCAAGCCUACCAAAGCACAACAAUGCCAUCGAAUAUGCAGUAUGAUAGUCAGCAAAAAGACUGUAAUGCACCGCGUGCUCCAGGAAAUUUCUGCGCUGGAGCGCAACAAAGGCAGAUGUUCUACUAUGAUUCAAACCAAAAAGUUUGUCAGCCAUUCAUGUACAAUGGCUGUAAUGGCAAUGGCAAUCGUUUUGAGACCGCUGCCGAAUGUAAACAGAUGUGUAUCGAUAACAAAGGAGCCAACACACUCCAAAGAAACCCUAGCUCUUCCAUGAAUGCAGCGAUGCAAGCUGCCUGCCAAGCUCAGUACGAUGUAGAGCAUUUGACUCCAAGGCAAUGCAGCAAUGGACAAGGAUGUCAGAAUGGAUAUCAAUGCACGAGUGGAUUCUGCUGUCCAACACCAAGCUAUCUAUGCAAUCUGCGCUACGAUUCAGGAAGAUUCGUCAACGAAAACAGUAAGAGCGAUCGUUACUUCUAUACAAGUCAAUAUAAGACUUGCAUGAGAUUCUCCUACUAUGGAUCGCAAGGAAACGAGAACAAUUUCCUGGAUUAUAACUCAUGCAUGCGAACAUGCCAAAAUCAGCAAUGA